GGGGCGCAGCGGCGCGGGCGCUGAGGGGGGCGGAAAGCGAGGAGGGCCGGGGUCGUUGCUGUGCACGGUGCGGCCGCCGCGCAGGAUGCGAUCGGUGUGAAGGCGCUGUACAACGUGUUUAUUCCGUGCACGUAGCACCACCUGGAAAUGGCUGAUGACAACGAGGAGCUGCAGGCAGACGAGGAGCUGCCGGCUGUGGCUGAGGACGGCUUUGAGCAGCUGGAGAACGACAGCCCCGCCGAGCGCAGCGGGCACGUGGCCGUCACCGACGGGCGCUGCAUGUACGUCUGGGGAGGAUACAAGAAUGCCCAAGUUCGGGGAUUUUAUGACUUCUAUCUGCCUAGAGAUGAAAUAUGGAUCUACAACAUGGAAACUGGAAGAUGGAAGAAGAGUAAAACAGAGGGAGAUGUUCCACCUUCCAUGUCUGGAAGCUGUGCCGUGUGUGUAGACAGAGUGGUGUACCUCUUUGGAGGACAUCAUGCACGUGGCAAUACAAACAAGUUCUACAUGUUGAAUUCCAGAUCCACGGACAAAGUGCUGCAGUGGGUGAGAGUCGAGUGUCAGGGGGUGCCCCCUUCUUCAAAGGACAAGCUCGGUGUGUGGGUUUACAAAAACAAGCUGAUAUUUUUUGGAGGCUAUGGUUAUUUUCCUGAAGGGAAACAACAGGGGACUUUUGAAUUUGAUGAAACCUCUUUUUGGAACUCAGGUCUCCCCAGAGGGUGGAAUGACCACGUGCAUGUUCUGGACACUGAAACUUUUACUUGGAGCCAGCCUAUAACCACGGGGAAGACGCCGUCGCCGCGAGCGGCUCACGCCUGUGCCACCGUGGGCAACAGGGGCUACGUGUUUGGAGGCAGAUACAGGGAGUCCCGAAUGAAUGACCUGUACUACCUGAAUCUGGACACCUGGGAGUGGAACGAAAUAAUCACACAAGGCAUUUGCCCGGUUGGCCGCUCCUGGCACUCUUUAACACCGAUUUCCUCAGACCACCUCUUUCUCUUCGGAGGAUUCACCACUGACAAGCAGCCACUAAGUGAUGCUUGGAUUUACUGCAUCAGCAAGAACGAGUGGGUACAGUUUGAGCACAACUAUUCUGAAAAACCAAGGUUGUGGCACACGGCUUGUGCGAGCGAAGAGGGAGAGGUGAUUGUCUUUGGGGGCUGUGCCAACAACUUGCUGGCCCACUCUAAAGCUGCUCACAGUAACGAAAUACUGGUGUUCUCACUACAGCCGAGAUCUCUCGUCAGGCUCUGCCUCGAAGCUGUCAUCUGCUUCAAAGAGAUGCUGGCGAGCUCCUGGAACUGCCUCCCCAAGCACCUGCUGCACAGCGUCAACCAGCGCUUCGGGAGCAACAACACGUCGGGCUCCUGAUGGCCCUGGGGCGGGGGCUGCGUGGGGACAGGGGUAAGCAUCCCACACGCCUGGCCAGCCUCACCCUUGUGUCGGUCACAUAGCUGUGUUGUCGUAGGUAGUUGCUUCUUGCCUUGAAGUUGCAUGUGAAUGGCCUAGAGAGAACCUAUUUUUGUGUAAAGAUGUUUGCAAUAAAUGUAUUUAAUGCGAGUGGAGAUGGAGCCCCUGCUCGAGCUAAAACCAGCUGUGGGUUUGGCUGCCGUGUGCAGGACUCAGGCUGGGGGGGAAGGGCUGCUCACUCCAGCCCACUGCAGCAAUGGGGUGGAAGGCCAGGGCUGGAGCUGCUGCACUAGCCCAGGGAGCAGCCCUGGUUUAGCCACAGCACUGGGAAACUGCUGUAAUGCUUUGCCACAAGUGCUCAAGGUCAGGGAAGUAGCCUCUGCAACCUGUCCCGAGGCAGAGUGGAGAAACUCUUGUGGAGAACUGUUGUACAGCUUCAGCUGGGAAAGCAGCACUGUGCUCCGCUGGGCUGUAGUCCACUGGGGUUUUUUUGGAACUGUUUAUGUUGUGGAACUUCAGUUGUGAACCUUAGAUGGCAGAGAUUCUGCCUUAGGUGUGUAACCAAAAGCACUCAAGGCUGGGCCCGGCUGUGUUGGUGCCCUGUGGAGCCCACCUGGGGCUGGGAGGGCCCAGAGACCACAGGCACAGGGCUGGGAUGAGCCUCCACUCAGCUGGCAGCAACCCCAGCAGAGGCCAGGGGGACAGGGAGGAGGCUGUGCUCUGGGGGGAGGGCUGGCGUCGUCUUUAAGCUGUCCUCAAAUAAAACCAUUAAAAACUUUGA